AAAUAGGCCCCCCAGUAUGAUCUAAUGAUUGGCCCAAGGACUGAAUAAUUGGAAGUUCCCAGAUACCCAUAGGACAUUGCAGUGCCAGGAGCCAAUGCGAUGGCAGCCGGGAUAUUGAUGGAGAACAAUGUGCAAUGCUACCCGCUGGGCAACACUGGCACCGGCACCAUGGCAAUAACUUCAGGGAGCUGCCGACGCCCAACAUCCAAAUACACCAAAGUGGGGGAGCGGCUGCGCCAUGUGAUCCCCGGCCACAUGCAGUGCUCUAUGACAUGUGGGGGCCGCGCCUGCAAAUAUGAGAACCCAACUCGAUGGAGCGAUGAGGAACAAGCCAUUAAAGGCCUUUACUCCUCCUGGAUCACAGACAACAUCCUCGCCAUGGCACGCCCAUCAUCAGAAAUCAUUGAUAAAUAUGAUAUCAUCAGGCAAUUUAAAAGCUGCAGCAUCAAAACCGUCAUUAACCUGCAGCGCCCCGGGGAGCACGCCAGCUGUGGGAACCCCCUGGAGCCCGAGAGCGGAUUCACUUAUCUGCCCGAAGCUUUCAUGGAGGCGGAGAUUUAUUUCUAUAAUUUUGGGUGGAAAGAUUACGGCGUCGCUUCGCUUACCACAAUUCUGGACAUGGUUAAAGUCAUGGCGUUUGCCUUACAGGAGGGGAAAGUAGCCAUCCAUUGCCACGCGGGGCUUGGCCGUACAGGUGUGCUGAUCGCUUGCUAUUUGAUAUUUGCCACCCGUAUGACGGCAGACCAGGCCAUCCUGUUGGUGCGUGCCAGGCGGCACAAUGCCAUCCAGACCCGGGUGCAGUUGCUGUGCAUCAGAGAAUUCUCCCAGUUCCUGGCUCCAUUACACAACGUAUUCGCCUGCUCGGACCCCAAGGCUCACGCCGUCACUCUGAACCAGUACUUAAUCCGACAGCAGCACUUGCUCCAUGGCUACGAAGCCCGCCAUCUGAAAUACGUGCCAAAAAUGGUCCAUCUGGUCUGUAAGUUGCUGCUGGACCUGGCAGAGAACAGGCAAGUGUUGGAGGAGGAGAUUUUGGACGGACCGGACCUGACGGCAGAGAUAGAGAAAGCAGUGUCCCAGCUCCCGGCGGUGCCGCUGGAUACAGUGUUAGGGGGCGCCAUGUCGGGGGCUGAUCCAUUAACCCUUUCCGUAAGCCCCACGGCCGGUUUAACCCUUCACGACUCAGUGUUAUCCAGUGAGCAGGAAUUCGAUCCGCUGUGGAAGCGUCGGAAUGUCGAGUUCCUCCAGCCCCUGUCCCACCUGAAGAAGCGGCUGAGCUACAGCGACUCGGACCUAAAGAAGGCGGAGCUGCUCCUGGAGCAGGGGGAGACCCCGUGGACCGAGCCGGCCCAGAUGCCCUUUGUUGCGCACGUUUUGGUAAAGCAUUGCUUUGUGCCCGGCGGUGACGACUCGGAUCACCCUUCGCCUUUGCCUAAAAAACAGCCCCCGGCGCACAAUACGUUUUCUUUUUGGACUCAAAGCAAACUGGGCACCCCUGAACCCCAAAGGGAAGGGUCCCCACUUUUCCUCAAAAGGAAGCCCCCCAGGGAGAUGCAGAGGAGUCGCACCUUCUCAUUGGGGUAUUCCUGCUUGUUAAACAGCAACCAGACACCGCUACUGGCAAACGCAGAGCCCACCCUGCCCGCUGGCAAUGACUGCCCCUGUGCCACGGGCCCCGAAACUGCCCACGACGCUGCCCCCAAAGCCACGUUUUAUCUGGGGAAUGGAACCCAAGAGGAGAGAGAGGCGUCUCCGUGCGUCCCCCAUAUUGUGCUGCAGUCGGAGACGAACCUCGAAUCCCGGCGGCUGCAGGCGGCAAAAGCCCUUGCGCAACAACCGCCGGAAAGUGAGGAUGAGAUAGCGAAGAAAGUGGCAGUUUGGCAGAAAGAGUUAAACUCCCGGGAAUCGGCCUGGGAUAGAAUCUGCUCGGAGAGAGACCCCUUGGUGCUGUGCGGCCUGAUGUGGGCCUGGCUGGAUCAGCUCAAAGAACCGGUCAUCACAAAGGAGGAUAUUGACCUGCUAACGGGCUGUGACCCAAACACUGCCCUCUGCCUGCUGGAGAAGAGCCAACACCAAACCCUCCUGUGUGUCCUGCACUGUGUGAGUCGCCUGCAGCCAAUCCCUAACCAGUUACUGGGGGACCUACUGGCCAGGGCCGCCCGAGCUUUCACCAAGGUGACGGCGGAUUCCGAGGACGCCCCAGUUGUAUAUGGCACCCUCAUUCCCAUCUUCAGGGGCGCACUGUCCGACCUGCGCAAAUAGGGGGCAAAUAGGGGCGCACUGUCCGACCUGCGCAAAUAGGGGGCAAAUAGGGGCGCACUGUCCGACCUGCGCAAAUAGGGGGCAAAUAGGGGCGCACUGUCCGACCUGCGCAAAUAGGGGGCAAAUAGGGGCGCACUGUCCGACCUGCGCAAAUAGGGGGCAAAUAGGGGCGCACUGUCCGACCUGCGCAAAUAGGGGGCAAAUAGGGGCGCACUGUCCGACCUGCGCAAAUAGGGGGCAAAUAGGGGCGCACUGUCCGACCUGCGCAAAUAGGGGCGCACUGUCCGACCUGCGCAAAUAGGGGGCAAAUAGGGGCGCACUGUCCGACCUGCGCAAAUAGGGGGCAAAUAGGGGCGCACUGUCCGACCUGCGCAAAUAGGGGCGCACUGUCCGACCUGCGCAAAUAGGGGGCAAACCCAACGCAGAAUUCCCCAUUUCCCCCCUUUUUGCCAGUUCCUAUCUCUGCUCAUUGGCAGUUCCCGUGGGUCGGCUCCGUGGUACAAAGGGCUCAAUCUACUGUGUUCGGUUCCGUUACAUGUCGUGUUGUGUAUAAUUGUGAGAUAUUGUCCCACAUGUCCCCCCUCCCUGUGUAUCCGGUGACUGGUUAUUAUUUGUAUUUAACGAUACCGGAAAUACCGUCUUUAUUUAUUUUAUGACAGAGGGGACAAUGUGGCGCUGACCCGCUGCUUAAUGUCCCAAAUAUUGCACUGUGACAUUUUAUUCUAUUUGUAUUGGCUGAAUAUCAGUCCGUUUGUACAGAGUCGGAACCUU